GACCCAUUGCAAUGGGGCCCCACACCGCCCUGCGUGUGUCUAAGUCAGCAAUACACCUGUGUGAUGUGUGGGUCCCUGUAGGGCUGUAACCCACCCCGCUCUCUCACCCCUUCGGUCAGUCAAGCUUAGAGUUGCCAGUUUUGGUGCCAGGUGUUCUGGGAGGUUUCAUCACAUGACAUGAUGGGCUUUAAUUAAAUAUUAAUCUUUAACUCCUGGAGACUCCAGGACAAUGCAGGAGGGAUUCCAACAUCCUGAUUGGCUGCUCUCCUUUCCUUAGGGUUUGUAGAUUAGGUAGUGUCACGCCUGGUGGUAGGCCUCAGUCCUGCAAACCAUCCCCUCAGGGUUUAGUUUUUAAACCUGAGUGAUAGUACUGUAAUGCUCUUUUGUUUGGGCUUGUUGUAACAUCGGAAUUUUUACAUUUUAAAAAAUAAGCUUUGAGUGGAAUGGAAAACGUUUCAAUAGUUUAUUUUAAUUAAUAAAGCCUAACAUCCUGGCCUAAACUUCCUGGGUCUCCUUCUCACACUGACAAAAUAUUAUUUAUUUAAUCCCUGAGGCUGCAAUUUGAUCCAUGUGACCAGAUGCCUGCGCCUGCACAGAGCUCCCAAGAGAUGCAAGGUCCCAGUGAUGGGGAACAGCUAGUAGGAUCUAGGCUUUAGAGAACUCCAUUAGUGGGACCACGCAGGGAGGAAGCCACUCCGCCUGGCACUGCUGCCACCCACCCCUUCUGAAUCGGUUCUCGGAUGCAGCGUUAACAGCACGGGUCACAACUUCCGUAUGAGUCACACACACACAAACCCUCCCUUUCCCGCUCGCCGUGGAUAGUGGGGAGGGGGAGGAGAGAAAGAUCUCUACCCUGCCCUAGGAACAGCAGCCCAGCCGAGCAAAUGACACCGCAUUCCACUCUGCCGCUGGCGUCCGAGCUUGAAAGAACAAGUUUUUUAAAAAACAAACAAAGCAGGUGCCCUCACUAAACGCUGCAUUGGAGGAACAACUGCUGUGUUCAGGAAAUAAGGCAGGAAACCUGAGCAAGGAAAGCUAAAGUAAAGUUGUCUGUGUAUCAAGGUCCCCGUGCAUCCGUAAUUAUCCGGGUAAUUAUCCGGCAACGCUGCAAGGCCGCCCACCCCACCCCAUAUCGUUCCAAUCCAUAUCCAAGCUGCUGGGGCAAUGGAGCUCAAGAAUGUGGUAGAGACUGUGGAAAGUGGGGAACAAGACGCGAUCCUCAAGGUACUGCAGAUCUACAACCAGGAGAAGUCUCAGUGUUUCACCUUUGAAGAUGAAGAGCGGGAGGAGAGGAAGAAAAUGGCCCAGCUGCUGAUCAAGUUCCUGGAGAGAGAGCUCCAGCCCUCCUGCCAAGUCACAUGUUUGGAAAGCAUCCGCAUCCUGUCCCGUGACAAAAGCUGCCUUGACCCCUUUACCACCAGGGAAGGCCUGCAAACCUUGGCCAGACAUGCUGGCAUUGAUUAUUCAGAGGAGCUCAUUCGAGAAGUCCCAGACCUAGAUGUGAUCCUGGAGGCCCUCAAAUGCCUCUGCAACAUCGUCUUCAGCAGUCCCCGGGCACAAGAGCUGACGGCUGAGGCCCGGCUCGUGGUGGGUCUUAUGGAGCGCAUCAAACUCUACAAUGAGAAGAACCUCCCCCAUGAGGUCAAGUUUUUUGACCUGCGUCUUCUGUUCCUGCUGACAGCACUGAGGGUGGACAUCCGGCAGCAGCUGGCCCAGGAGCUCAGGGGUAUCAGCCUGAUGACAGACACCCUGGAGCUGACGCUAGGGGUGAAAUGGCUGGACCCCCAUGAGGUAGCCACUGAGGGGAGCCCUCCCCUACCCCUGCCACGCCAGGAGACAGAGCGUGCUAUGGAGAUCCUUAAGGUGCUCUUCAAUAUCACAUUUGACUCCAGCAAGAAGGAGGUGGAUGAGGAAGAUGCUGCUCUGUACCGACGCCUGGGCGCUGUCCUGCGUCACUGCCUGAUGAUUUCAGCUGAUGGAGAGGACCGGACAGAAGAAUUUCAUAGCCACACAGUUAACCUCUUGGGCAACCUCCCGCUUAUGUGUCUGGAUGUCCUGUUGACUCCGAAGGUGCGGCCAGGCUCGCUUGAGUACAUGGGCGUCAACAUGGAUGCAGUCAGUGUCCUGCUGGAUUUCUUAGAGCGACGACUUGACAGGGGUCACAAACUGAAGGAGACCCUGACCCCUGUGCUGAACCUGCUGACAGAGAGUGCCCGCGUCCACCGCCAGACGAGGAAGUUCCUCAAAGCUAAGGUGCUGCCUCCGCUGCGGGACGUGAAGAAUCGCCCCGAGGUGGGGAACUUGCUGCGGAACAAGCUUGUGCGCCUGAUGACUCACAUUGACACCGACGUGAAGCACUGCGCGGCCGAGUUCCUCUUUGUGCUCUGCAAGGAGAGCGUGUCACGAUUUGUGAAGUACACAGGGUAUGGCAAUGCAGCUGGGCUCCUAGCAGCACGAGGUCUUAUGGCAGGAGGGCGGGCAGAGGGAGAGUAUUCUGAGGAUGAAGACACGGACACAGAGGAAUACAAGGAAGCUAAGCCCAACAUUAACCCAGUGACAGGCCGUGUGGAGGAGAAGCUCCCCAACCCCAUGGAAGGGAUGACUGAGGAACAGAAGGAGUAUGAAGCCAUGAAGCUGGUUAACAUGUUUGACAAGCUGUCCAGACAGCAAGUCAUCCAGCCGAUGGGGAUGACUCCAGGGGGCAAUCUCACCUCUGUGGAGAACGCUGUGCAUGAGCUGGCAGAGGAGAGGUCAUCAUCUGACUCUGACUUGGGGUUGGACUGAUUCACACCUCUCCACCCGCCCCCCCAAGGACUGUGGGCUUUCCACUCUCCCUCCAGAACUGGUGCUGCAUCCAGAGGAUAAUACUGGGUGAGGACUCUCCCAGUGGGAUCUGAAUCAGGACUGGAGUCCACUGCCCAGACGGAUAACAACCACCUCCUCUCCGGUCCCAUAACCACCUCUCCUUUCCCAAAGAGCUCGCCACAGCUUGGUUUCAUCUUGGUCUCUUUCCCUCCAUGUCCCUGAGGAUCUCACGCUCCAACCCAAGCCCAGGAUUGUCCAGUAGGACUUUUAUAAAGAAAGAUUGGGAAGGGGGAGGAGGGAAUAUCUUCUUACACCAAUGGGGUCCAGUAGCAUGUGGAGCAUUGUGUGUGCUGACUUAUGUGUAGGCACAUCACUGUGUGUGCAUCUGGGUGUUUUUAUGGGGUGUGGGUGUGUUUAUAGUAUGUGAGGCACUUGUGCAGCGUGCAUUCAUUUGUAAGGGCACAUGAGGGUGUGCCUAUGUCAGAGAACAUAUGUGGUAAUUUGGGAACAUGAGAUGUGUGUGAAUGUGUAUAUACGAGUACAUGCCUGGAACAUGUGUAGUGAUUAGAAGAGUGGGGGCAUUACAUGUCUACAUACUGAUGGUAUGUACUUGUAUGGGUGAGCCUGGGUGUAUUGGGUGUAUGCAAUUGUAUAUGUACAGAUGGCACAUGUCAAUAUGUAAUAUUUAGGUACACAUAUAGAUAAUAUUUGUGGGCAUAUGAGGGGUGUAUGGAGUAUACAGGUGGGGAUGUGAGUGUAAUAUUUAAGCACAUCUGCCUGUCAGUACUCGUGUUAGGAUACAUGUGCUCAUUCUGUGUGGGGAGCACAUGUGGGGGUAUGAGAAUAUAGCUCUUGUGAGAAACUUUCAGCACUCACACUGACUGCAGGAUUGACAUUUGCAGGUGACUGUUUGCCAGCAAUGCUUUGAUUUGUAGUCUAUAGCACUGUGCAGUGUCCCUGUUUCCACUACCCUCAGUUUCCUGGACUAACUUCUCCCAUUCUGCUUUCUGAACGAAAGGCAGAGACCCAUUGCGUAGUUUCUCGCUGAAUCAUCUGCUUCAGCUCCCACAAAGCCGCAGCUCUUUGCACUCCCAGGCUGGUAUCAAAUCCCCUCCUGCACUCUGGCGUAGACUUUUCUGUUUAAAGAAGAGAAACUAUCUUCCAAUUUGUCUCCUGUACCAAGAGUUUCAGAACAUAUUAGCACAAAUAGAAAGAAUUACAUUAGAAUAAAGAAAACCUUCUGACA